CCGCCUGCCAGCCUGGCCCGCCUGUCCUCCAGCCCAGCCCGCCCGCGCGCGCAGGUCCCCGGGGCGCGCUCGUGGUCUGGCCGGUCCCCCGGGGAGCGCCCGCCCUGUCGCCCCGCCCUGAGCGAGCCCCAGUUCCCACGCCCGCAGCCCCGGCGCUCUCCUCCGGCUUCACCGCAGCCCCGUCGGCCCGGGCCUUUGGGGCGAAGAUGGCGCUUGUGCCCUGCCAGGUGCUGCGGGUGGCCAUCCUGCUGUCCUAUUGCUCCAUCCUGUGCAACUACAAGGCCAUCGAGAUGCCCUCGCACAAGACCUACGGCGGCAGCUGGAAGUUCCUGACCUUCAUUGACCUGGUUAUCCAGGCUGUCUUUUUUGGCAUCUGUGUGCUGUCUGAUCUUUCUAGUCUUCUGACCAGAGGAGAUAAUCAAGAACAAGAGAGGCAGCUAAGGAAACUCAUCUCUCUCCGGGACUGGAUGUUAGCUGUGUUGGCCUUUCCUGUUGGAAUUUUUGUUGUAACGGUGUUCUGGACCAUUUAUGCGUAUGACAGAGAGAUGAUUUAUCCGAAGUUGCUUGAUAAUUUUAUCCCAGGAUGGCUGAAUCAUGGAAUGCACACAACGGUUUUGCCCUUUAUAUUAAUCGAAAUGAGGACAUGCCACCAUGCAUAUCCCAGCAGGAACAGUGGACUCGCUGCCAUAUCUAUCUUCUCUGUGGGCUAUAUAUUAUGGGUGUGUUGGGUGCAUCAUGUAACAGGGAUGUGGGUGUACCCUUUCCUGGAACACAUUGGCCAAGGAGCCAGAAUCAUCUUCUUUGGAUCGACAACCAUCUUAAUGAACUUUUUGUACCUGCUGGGAGAAAUUCUGAACAACUAUAUCUGGGACACAGAGAGAAAGCCUCCAUCUUUGCAAGGCACAUAAUGCUAUUCAAGCUGUGCAAAACCUGCCCAAACUGUCCGUAUGGAAGAAGAGAAAAAGAAGCCUAAAUUGGAAUAAAAUGCUGAUCUAUGAGGACGAGCUAGAUUGAGCCACCAUUGAGGAUUUAUACCUCCCUGCACAUUGGCAAUGCAAAGAGCUGAUUGGCAAGGACCUCUACCCCUUGCCCCAAAGGGAAGACUUCUUUUAUAAAUAUAUAUAUAUAUA